AUGAAUUUCUAUGGCGGAUACCACGAUUAUUCCCUCUAUCUCUUCGAUUUGGGCGCCACCGAUCCUACUCUUAUCGAAUCCCUAGCUCGAACCAACGGUUUCCUUGAUGAUAACCGUGAUGAUCAUCACAGUGCCCGAAGUAAUUCCACCCUCAAAUUUGGUCCAGAAUCUGGCCGGCGAAGUCCGCCCAAGCACCGCCACGAUGGCACUUCGCCUCUUCCCUUAGGCAUGGAUUGGAGCCCUGCUCCUCGCGUUUGGGAAGGACGGAAUACUGUCUGGCCACAUGACUUUCAUACCGGAUGGAGUUUUUGUGUCACUGUUCCUUCUUGGACUAUCAUCCCUAAACCCAGGGGUUUAGAUCCCAUAGUGUUUUACAGGGUGCAAGUGGGUAUACAAUCCCCAGAAGGAAUUUCUAGUUCACGAGGAAUACUACGGCGAUUUAGAGAUUUCUUGAAGCUAGCUUCUGAUCUCAAAAAGGAAUUCCCUCGGAAAAAGUUGCCCCCGCCUCCAUCAAAAGGGCUCUUGAGGAUGAAAAGCAAGGAUCUAAUUGAGGAGCGUAGGUCUUCUUUGGGGGAUUGGAUAGAAAAUCUUCUUUCUGACAUUGAUGUAUCAAGGAGCGCAACAGUUGGAAUCUUUCUUGAGCUUGAAGGAGCCGCAAGAUCUUCAUUCUAUGUGGCAAAUCAGAAUGAUUUAGAUCAGAAUUCUCCGGUUGGUUUUAUGGUUACAUCUGAGGAGGACAUGUUAAACCACAUAGAUGGUUCUUUGGUUGCCGGUCCAUCCAUUACAUCAGAGGAUGGAAAUUCUACUUACGAGGCAUCUGACGUAGGUACAUCAAGAAGUGGGAUGAAAAGUUACUCUGAACUUCGCAUGGAGAAUGCAACACAUGAUUCAGCAGUAAACAGUAUCCUGGUUGUAGGCAAGGAUGGGUUUUCUGAUAAUGACGACUUGAGGCCUUCCAAGGUAUCUGUUCAAGAGAGUCGGAAAAAUUUCCAUGAUGGAGGACCAUCAAGAGAUGACAACGCUGCUAUUGACCUACACAGUUUGGGGAUAGGUCCUUUGCAAGUUGUAUCUGAUCAUAGAGGUGAGAAGGAACACUUGACUGAAGCUGAGAAGUGUCCUACAAUACUGUCAAAGGAAAUUCUUGAAAGUGAGGUCUCCGCAUCAAGGCUUGAAGUCCCACAAAUCAAUGAUUCCCCUGCGAGUCAGGAAAUAUUUUCACAUGAUCCGUGCAUCUUAAUUCCAACAGAAGACCAGAGUAAGAUGAACAGGCUUCUCACCACUGUGGAGCAAAGAAUAUCGACUGCAAGGACAGACGUGGAAGACCUCAUAACAAGAUUAAAUCAGGAACUUGCUGUUAGACAAUACCUUUCAACUAAGGUUCAAGAUUUAGAGCUGGAAGUAGAAACCAUGAAUCUGAAUUGGGAAGAAAGUCUGCAGCAAGCUGUUGGUGUUGAAAAGGAGAAAGUUACUCAAGUGCAAUGGGAUAUGGAGGAACUUCGAAGGAAGUGUAUGGAAUUGGAGUUGAUGUUGAGAAAGGAACAGGAGGAGAAAGCUCUUCUUGAUUCAACCAAGAACUCCAUCACUCUUGAUAAUGAUAGGCUGCAGCAGGAAUUGGACGUCACCAGGGAGCAGGUCUCGAUGCUGCUAAAGCAAAAUGAAGAUUUGGGCGUAAAGUCCAAAUUGGACUUGAAAACGCUUGCUAAGGAAGUUAAAUCUCUUCGGAAUUCUCAGUCAGAAUUGAAGCAGGAAAUUGUUAGAUUGACGAAUGAAAAGGUUGGUAUCGAGAGGAUCCUUCAAGAGGAAAUACAAAGAAGGGAGCACUCUGAUGCUGCUAAUGCAAAGUUGUUGCAUGAAUGCAAAGUUCUCCGUAGUCGGCUUGAAGAAUGUAGAAUGCCUUUCCUGAUUGAAGAAGAAAAUAACCUGACUGUAGACACUUCUACACCGUCUGAAGCAAUUGACUUGUUGAGUACAUCAGAUAAUCGAAUAGGUCUUUUACUGGCAGAGGCACAGCUUCUUAGUGAAGAUGUAGAGAAAGAGUCGACGUUUGGAAGUCCCAAUGUGGAUGAUGGACAUAGAAGAGCGCCUGAUGAAGCAAUCAGGAAGGUGCUGGCUGAUGUCUUAGUGGAUUACGCUAGUCUACGGAUACAGAUGAAUUCUCUUCUUCGCGCCGCUCUUAGUACUCGUGAGUCCGAGAAAGAUGCAGAACUUACCUCCCCAAGAGAGAGUUUACUAGGCAAACUUUUGGACAGGUGA